AUGCAAGUUAUAAACAGCAUCCAUCUUUUUUCAGCCAGCGAAAUAGCAGAAAUCUUCAAUGGAGUCAAAGCAGUGCCCGAGUUUAUUCAAACCCAGACCGAGUUGCGUCAGUUCCAGGUCCCACCACCAACUGAUCCAAUCCUAUUUAUCGCCCCGCCGAAACUCGACGGAUUACGUUGCGGUCAACGCAAUCAUGUAUAUCGACAAGUGCAGCAUAUGCUAAAGAAUUACAAGGAGGAGCACGGAUGGCAGAAUGAUUGGAAGAAAGGUGGUAAUGUGGUGAAGCGAGCCCAGGGGCGUCGGAAGUCACGAGUGGCUAGCAAGUGGUUUGAAGUUGGACGAGAGACCGCUGGGUUCGUGCAGCCAACUACUAACCCAAAUGCAAUCAUCAGCAUUCCAGAAAGGAUAAGCCAUCUUCAUCAGGAACAAGACGAACAUUUCAAGAUUGCAGCACAGAAGGCUCUCAAAGUUGCAGCUGAGAAGAAAGAGGUGAAUGCAUGGAUAGAGAGGACAGGGUGGGCGGAGCAUAUGGAAGGGUUGAAGCCGGGAGAAGUUCACAUCGCGGCAGCACCAAUUGGGGAAGACGAGCCCGUGUUGCAACUGAUUUGCGAUACUUUUGACCGGAUGGCUACCUAG